GUCAAUAAUGGUUUGGUAAUUGGUUGUCAACUUGUCAAAUUGUUCGUCAUUUUGGUAAUUUUUGUUAUCUUUGCUGAUCAAUUCGAUAUUAAUAUUGUUUGUACUGAUAUAAUUAAAAUUCCUUCAAUCGAAACAAAUCAAUGAUUUUCUUUAACUUGGAUUAGUAAGUGUUAGCCCGGAAAAAUGUUCAAAAAGUUCAAAGAUAAGUUGGCUGAGGAAGUGAAAUCGUCUCCUCAAAGGAUCCAACAGUUUGCACAAGCUGCUCAGGCAGCCGUGACUUCAGCAUCCAGCAGCAUUUCAGACAUCACAAAUAAUGAUUUGUUUUCUAUUGGUGACAAUGAUGCUACCAACAAGAAUCGGACUCCAAACAACCAACAAAAUAAUUUACAAGAAGUGCUACUUGUGCAACCUGAAACAACUGAAACAAAUGCUGAAGCUAUGAAUUAUCAUGUUACUCAAGAGCAGUCACCCCAAGAAAGGCAAAGAAGAUUAUCGAACAGUUCUUUGGCUAGCGACAUAUCCUUUCGACUGCCAAGCUAUGAAAGUCCAUCAAUGUAUCAUUUACAGUCAGAUAUGGAGGUAUCUGCAAGUGAAGCUGAGGAUAGAGGAAUAUCUGGUGGAACAGUUAAUCUUGACCGUGUGACGAAAGAUCAAUUAUAUUCAGCAUAUCGUCGUACUCAGGAUAGAUGUACUAAAUACAAAACACAAUAUGCAGAUCUUGCUCGCCACUACAAACUUCUGGAAAGGGAAAAUGCAAAAGCAAAGAAUGUUCUUGUAGAGACACAGGACAAGGCACUGAGAAGAAUAUCUGAAUUACGAGAGCAGUGUUCAUUGGAACAAAGUGCUAAAGCUCAUCUUGAGAAAGCACUUCGGAUCGAUAUAGAAGAAAAAAAUAUGAAAAUUGAAACACUUAACACAAAGCUAAGUCUUUUACAAAGCAAUAAUAUAUCUGAGAGCAAUAAUUUACUAGGAAAUAAUAAUAUAUCAACAUUGGUUGAAGGUAAUGGAAAUGAUGCACCUUUGAUAACAUUGGCUACAGAGAAUGUAUGUGUAGAAAAAUUAACAACCGAAGACUCUGUAUCAUCAGAAAUCACAGUUUUAAAUAAAAAAGUUGAAAAAAUGGAACAAUUACUUAACAAAUAUAAAGAGUCACUUAAAACAACUAAAGAAAAAAAUUCUCAGUUAGCUGCUGAGUUACAAAAAACUUCGAAUGAAUUGGAUAUUAAAGAAAAAGAAAAUAAUCAACUGAAAGCUACAGCCGCCGCUUUAUUAGAAGCCCGAAAAAAAAUUGAAGACCUUAAUGAAACUAUAGAAGAGUUGCAAAAUAAAAAUAACUCCAAUGAAUUUUUAAAAAGUAAAGAAAUGUCUAUUUUAGAAAUAAGUCUAAAAAAUUCCCAAGAUGAGGUUAUGCAAUUGCAAAAGAAAAUCGAAGUUCUGAGUAAAAGAGAAGAAGAAUAUGCUAUAUCAUUGGCUGAAAAUAAACUUAGUAUUCAUAAGGAACUAGAAGGAAAAGAAAACGAAAUAAAAUCAUUGAAAGAAAGUUUAAAGAAUAGUCAAAAUGAGAUUCAAUCUCUUAAUAUAGUAAUAAACGACUACAAAUCGAAAGUAAGUCAAAUAGAAGAAGCAAAUUCUAAAUUAAGAAACGAAAUAACUGAACUAAACACGGACAAAGCUAAAAUUGUAGAAGUAAAAACUGAACUAGAAACUUUUGCACAAAAAUGUCAAAAUCUCGAAAGUUUGAUUAAUAAAUCAGAUGAGGAAUAUAAAUGUCUUGAACUACAGUUAAAGCAAGAAAAUGCAGAAAAACUAGCAAUGAUUGAUAGGAAUGGUUAUUUAGAAAAUAGGAAUGCACAACUACUAGAAGAUAACUCCAAAAAAAAUUCACAAAUUAGCCAAUUUGAAAAUGAACUGCAGACACUUAAAAACAAUAUUGAAAGUCUAAAAAUUCAAGAACCUGAAGAACCAGAAGUAAUAAAAAAAUAUAUUGAAGAAGUAAACCAAUGGAAAGUGAAGUGUAAUAAUUUGGAGUCUGAAAUACAAGACGAAAGAGAAGAACUCGUUAAAUUACAGUCUGAAAUUGAAAAACUAUUAGCCAAUCAUGAAUUAGUGCAGAGUUGUAAUGAAGAAUUAAAGAUUACAGUUAAUGAUUUAAGAUUGGAGAUCGACAUUUUGAAAAAGAAAGAACAACAAGCUAAUGAACUUAAUUUAAGAUGUAACGACUUGGAAAGCAAAAUUGUCAAUUUACGAAAUAUAAUUAAUGUAACCUUAGAGGAAUCUAAAUCUUUUAAAAACUUUAUAAAUACUUCCAUAACAACUUUAAAAGACAAAAUUGUGUUGCUAAAUGGUAUGGUUAAAAUGUCUGAGGACUUGCAGACAGGUAACAAUGAAUUACAAAAAGACGUUCGGAAAAUGUUUGAACAAUGUAAUAUUUUAAAAAAAGAGUUAACCGAAAAAGAAGAUGAAACUCGAGCACUAAAAUUACAAUUUAAUAAUCUGAAGUCAGAGAAUGAUUUGAAAAUUAAUAAUUUAAUUGAAGAAUCUGAAAAGCUGAAAGAGAAAGUGCAUAUUUGUAAUGAGGAAAAUAUAUUGUUGAACGAUCGCAAUAAUUCUUUUGCUAAAGAAAAUGACGAGCUCCGUAUUAAAGUACAAUCUAUUUUAACUGAGAAAGAAUCGUUAACAGAGGAAAUUAACAAAGUGUCCGAUAAGUAUAAAGAAAAGUUAAACAAUUAUGAAGUUUUAAGUAAAGAAUUUGAUGAAUUAAAAGAAGUCAGUGCUAAGAAGUCGAAUCGCAUUAGUGAAUUGGAAAAAUGUCUUGAAGUACUUAGAGAAGAAAAUACAUCAUUAAAGAAUUUAUCUGAUACAAUUUCGAAGAGUGUCAUUGAUAUUGAAUUAGAGUUAAAAGAAGUUCAGAAAUCACACUCUCAGAUUGAAAUGGAAAAAGACCAUUUGAUUACAGUAAUUGAUAAUUUAGAACAGAAGGCUGUCGAAAGUAAACAAUCGGAUGUACAAGCUACGCAGACAGAUAUAGACAUUCCUAACGUCAAAGAUGAGCUUGAAGAAAGUCAUAGAACCAUAGAAGCAUUACAAGACGAAAUGAAUUCAUUAAAAGACUUGAAUGCGACUUUAUCAACACAAAAUGAACAAAAUUUGUUAACCAUUAACAAAACUGACGAUAUAUUAAAAGAACGAGAUUAUGCAUUUGAAGUACUAAAAGAAGACAAUAGACGUUUGCAGUCUGAUAUUGAAGGUCUUCAGACUCAUAUAACUAAAGUUUCUAAGGAGAAUAGUCAACUAAAUGAUAAAUUACGAGAGCUAAUUGUUUCAACCGAAAAUAUUCCUGAAAAAGGUGUAAUGUCCCAUGAACACGAAACUUUAAAAAAUGAACUACAAAUAAGUAAAGAAAAAAUAGAAAGCUUGAUACGAGAAAAUUCAUUCCUUGCCGAGGAAAAUUUAGAACUUAAGGACCAAAUACAAUCGCAAACUUAUUCUCAUUCCCCGACUGUGAACAUUGCGAGUAAUGUUGAUAACAUGGCGGAUAAAUAUAACACAUUGUUAGAUACAAAAAAUAAAUUGGAACAGAAAUUAAGCGAAACAGAACAGAUGAAUCAAUCGAUAACUGGAAGUAUGCAAGUAAUGCAAACUAACAAUGACAAACUAAAACUUACAAAUGAAAAGUUGGGACUAAGAUUAGAUGAAGCACUUGUUAGCUUAAGGCAUUUACAUUCACUUCAAGAAAAUACAGAGUUAGAAUAUUUAAAGAAUAUUCUUUACGAGUAUUUGACUGGUAAUGGAGUACAUUCCAUAACUCUUGCUAAGGUAUUAGCGGCUGUAGUUAAAUUUGAUGACAGACAAACUGAUAUGGUACUACAAAAGGAGAAAGAAAGACAGGGCUUUUUGCGGCAACUCGGGAUAAUUUGAUACGUGACAUGAAGAUAAAAUUAAUUUAUAUUAAAAUAACAUUCUUAUUUAUUUUAUAUUAUUCUGUAAGUACAAACCAAUUGUAUAAGAAGCACCCACACUAAAAUCACAUUUAAAUGAAAUUAUCACUCAUAUUGUUCUGCAUAAACAAUGAAGUGAAAAAUUAUGUACAUAAGUAAUGAAAUGAUAGAAUGUUUUUAGAAAAAUAUUUUAAUUAAGUAGGUUAAGAUUUCCGUUUAAUAAGUAUAUAAUUGCAAUAAUGUUGCCAUUUUGUACAAUCUUGUUCUGUUAAGCACUUAAAUUAUAAAAUAACUUAUAACAAUUAUUAUGUACUAAUGUAAAUUUUAAUAAAAAGAUUUACAAGAAAUUGUUAAUACAAAAUUAC